AUGAUUUUAUUAUGUAUUGGUUUUUUGAUUUUGCCAAGUCAACGUCAAAAUCCUAUAACAAAACAAAUAUUAUUACCUUUUGCUCUAAGUAUUGCUUAUUUCGAGGCUUCGCAGUUUUUCAUUAUUAAUCAGAAACAAACUCUAUGUUUAUCUGAUAGUCUCACAACUACUGUUCAUAAUAGUAGUUCGUGUAAGUUUCAAGCUAUUUUUUCACUCGGAGGCGCAUAUGCUAUGGGAUAUUGGUCGGCAAUUUUAAUGACACAUUUACAUAUGUUAUCGAUAUGGCGUUCUGAAUUUAUCAUGAGAAAUAUUUAUUAUUUUCAUGGGUUGGCUUGGUCUGCAACAUUAUUAUCAAUUAUAGUACCAUUUUUAACAAAUAAUGUUACAUUAAGAGCAAAUUGGAGAAGGUCUGAUCAAACACAAUGUACUUCUAGAACUUCGAUUUCUGAAGCACAAAGAGCUAUCAUACACGUCAAAUAUGUUAUAAACGUACAGUGGCGUGCUUUAAUGGGUGCUUUUAUGAUGUUAAUUGUUUAUGUGUUUGCUUGGAUAUUUUUCGCAUCUGGAACUCCGAGCCUUCGCAAUGAAAAUGAUAAUACUGUAAAAGAUUGGGUGAUUCAAUGGAUGAAUUGUACACAAAACCCAUCUUAUUAUGAUUAUGAAUGUAAUUCGAUUUCAAAACCUCACGUGCAACCUUACGCGUUGAUUAUGUUUGCACUGUUUUUCAAUGGUUGUAUAGGAAUAUUGAUGUUUAUAGUUUUUGCAGCAAAGAAAUCCAUAAUAUUAGAAGCUUGGAAAAUAAUAAAAGGCUAUAAAUCAAUAACAUGUUCUCAUUCUGGUGAGGAAAUCGGCUCGAUUGGAACUUCGAGUAUUAACUUUAGACGUAGCGUUGUAUCAGAAAACGUAUCUUCGUUCGAAGACGACAAAAAAUCAGUCAAGAUAACUCUCAAAGAAUGGUUUAAUAAUUUAUAUAAUAAAUAUUUAAAACGCAAUGACUUGGCUUCUAAAAAUAAAUUUAAAGAGUUAGGGAAUUCGAUUUCAAAUAACAACAACAACAAUAAUCAUGUUGGCGGUCACACUACUAUUGUAAUUGGUAAAAUUAGAGAUUUCAGCAACAUAACGGGAAGGAAAGGUAGUAUUAGUAGUGGUGUUGGUAGUGGUCAAGCAUUGGGCUAUAAUAGUUAUAAUGACAACGAAGAAAGAGCUUCUCGAAACAUUCAUAAUAAUAAUGUUAACAACAGCAUUAAAAAACCUCAUUCUCGUGAUAGUUCUUCACGAUUGAGUAUUAAAAGAAACAGACGUGACAAAUCUUCAUCUGAUUCAUUAUCAUUACACAUGUCAACUCCAGAAAUGGCAAGGGCAUCUUUUGGUUUAGGUAACAACUCUUUGUCGUCAGUUUCCUCCAUAUCAACAUCAAAUAGAAGAUCUGAUGGUAGUGACGAUGGCGACACAAAUAAUUUACCAUCAUCAUCUUCAUCAAAACAAGUUUCCAACACCAUCACUAUACCUGAUAAUGACGAUGAUACAAAAGAUCUUCAAAUUCAAGACGCUGAAAGCACAAUAACAGAAACGUUUGGAAGUGAUGAGAAGAAGGAAUGA